AUGAUGAAGGGGAUGUCAUCAUUCAGGAAGCAUCUCAACAAGACGCACACACUGUGCCACCACUGUGACUCCAAGGACUACCAACUGCAGAAGUUCACCUGCAGCAAGUGUGGCAACCCCGCAAAGCACAAAAGAAAAUAUAACUGGAGUGCCAAGACCAAAAGGAGAAACACCACUGGGACCAGUUGCAUGAGACACCUUAAAAUUCUGUACCACAGAUUCAGACAUGGUUUCUGUGAGGGAACAAAGCCUAAACCUAAGAGAGCAGCUGUUGCAGCAUCCAGUUCAUCUUAA